UUCCCCCCCACCGCCCAUUCCCCAAUUUCCAAUCUUUUUUCAAGGAAAUCAUACAUUGGUGUGGACAUUGGUGUUGUGCAGAGUGAGACGCAUUAUUGGUGAACGACAGUAGAAAGAGCACGUCCACAAGUGUCCCACGUCUCCGCUUAUCCAUCCACUUGCCUUCAUCAGAAGAGAACUGGCGUGCGUGUCCAUUCUCAUAUGCCCCACAAUUCAUUAGCUUGAAGGAAACCACUUAAAAGAGCGUUCUCUUUUUAAUAGCAUCGUUUUAUCAAAAGACGUUUUGUCAAAAGACCCAUAUUCGAUCGAAAGGUUUUCUCCCCAAGUGACUGCCAGUUGUUCCCGGCAAAGUUACCCAUUAUAGAUAUGUCGAAUCAAUCGUGGCAGAGAAAUCUGCCAGGCCAACAAGGCCAACAACAACCUGGUCAUCAGAGCCAGCAGCCAAUCCAACAGCAACUCCAAAACGCCCUUCCAUUCUUAAGCAAUCAAAUCGGCCUUGGUCAACCCGGAAACCAGCGAAUGAAUCCAUUGGGUCCUCUCGGUAAUGCUCUAGCUGGCGCUGUCAAUCCAUUACCAAAUGUCAUGCCGACAUCAGCUCCUGCUGGAGCUCCAUCCCAAGCCAAUGCUCUGCAAGCGAUGCUUCAACAGCUUCAGCAACAGCAACAGCAAAUGCAGAGGCCUCAGUCUCCUGCCACACAGCAGACCGCGACUUUCGGUCAGCAAGGGCACCCCGCAUUUGGUCAACAGCAAGCACCAGUAGCUGCCGUGCAAGGCUCUCCAUUUGGGGCAUCAGGUGCCACCGCAACAGGAUUGCAGCCUGCUGCCCAAACUCAAACCGCUACAAAUGUUCAGAAUUUGACGCCACUCCAACAAGCGCAGCUCCAACAACUUCAACAACUCCAACAGCAGCAGCAAUUGGCACGGCUUCUCGUGGCGCUGCUUCCGAAUGCUCUUCAGGGGGGAAAUUUGGGAGUGCAAAAUCAGCAGCUUCCUCUGGGCCAGGCUUUAGGAGCGGGUCAGAAUGCUGCCAUGCUCAACCUGACCGGUGCACAACAGCCAGGCAUGCCUGGCACUGCAGUUGCACACAGUGAAGGUAGUGUGGAUGAUCGACGUGGUCGAGGUGCCCGAGGCGAUGGUGAUUAUAGAGAUCGUAAGAGAGAUUACCGGGAUGACAGUAGGGACCGAAAAGGUCGCAGAGACCGAAGCAGGGAAAGAAGUCCUGAUCGAGGCAGACGGCGCUCAGACCGCAGGCGAGAUUAUCGCAGCGAUAGUGAUUCCGAUUCCUCAUACUAUGAUUCCAGGUAUGGUUCCCGAAGGAGCAGCCGGGAGCGCGGCCGGAAGUCUUCGCCAUCUUCAAGGCGGCCAGGAAGUCCCCCUUCGUCGGAUAUGCAAGAAGGUUCAUUGCAAACACGUCAUUUAUGGAUUGGCGAUUUACCACCUGACGCAAAUGAAGCCGAGCUGCGCCAAGUGUUUGAGCGACAUGGAGCCAUUUCCGAAAUCAAAAUCUUACCUACUAAGAAGGGCGGGCGAUCGUCCUGCUUUCUAGCAUAUGCCACAAAGCAAAGUGCGACUAAAUGCAUGGCAGCAGAAAAUGUGAUUCGCGGCAGACCCACAGUAUGUCGUAUCAAUAGCAGAUUCCUCAACGUUGUUGAGCCAGAUGAGCAUGAGCUCAAACACAAGCAAGCUGGCUUCCGGGAACAAAAUGCUGCUCAGGGCUACUUGCAUGUGCGGGGAUUGAGGCAUGGCAUUUCCAGGGAAGACUUGAUGCAAGAGUUCCAUAAAUUCGGAAAAGUGGUGGAGGUCCGCAAGAAACCAGACUCUGACCAAGCCAUCGUUGAAUUUGAAUCAGCGGCUGACGCAACAAAAGCCAGGAACCUUGUCAGGGCCACUGAACUAUGGGGUCCAAGGGCUGGCGUUGAGCUUUUGAGUUUUGGUGCUGACUCCCAGAUUUCAAGAUUUGGCGGUGGUCCAGAUGCCGGUCCGGGACAAAAGAGUGCUGUUCACAUUGUAGAGAAGUCCGGAUCUGUUCCACACCGUCAAUUUGGAUCAUCAAGGGGAAAUGACGACACAUCUAAGCCAAUGCAACGGACGUUCCGCGAAAAACGCCCACAACAUGAAACGGCAUCACUUUAUCUUCCAAUGGUUCCUCCUGACUUGGACCGUGGGGAACUUGCUAGGGUUUGUGAGCCAUUUGGGCCAAUCGAGUCCUUACGUAUUAUUCCCGGAAGGUAUACACAGCACUCCAUGGCAUUUGUCAACUUUUUUAGCAUUGAAUCUGCCAAGAGCGCGCUGGAAGACUUGACCGGGAAAUAUUUGUUUGGUAUGCGCGACCCAAUGAAAGUGGAAUUCGCCCAGAGCACAGGUGCGCGACGCCGCGAUAAUGCUGGGCAACCAGCACAGACAAGCCGAUUUUCUACCAAUCCCCGAGAUGGUGCUUCCCAUGAGCCGUCACAAAAGACUGAGUCCCCAGAUGCGCCGGCAGUUGUAAUUCGCAAUUUCAGUCAGAGGCUGAGUGGUCGUGAAAUUUCCGAGAAUCUUCACAAAGUUCUUGGUUCAAAGUUCUCAGCGAAGAAAGAUAUUGCCCUCUUCAAUAUUGCUUCUCUCGAGAAUUGCUAUGCGGUAGUGACUCCAUUGAAUCAAUGGGAAGCAGAAAAUACUGUCCGUGAUUUGGACAACAUGGAGUUCUUUGGGUCGCCUCUCUCUGCCCAGUUGUCCACCGUCCGAGAUGCAAUGAGUGGAGCAUCAAAUGAUCUCAACACUGCCAAUAUUCUCGUUAGCAUGAGCGAAGUUCAUCGAAUCGUUCCGAUUGUUACAUACCAGCCGGCGUCAGAGGACAUCUUUGAGAAGAUAACGUAUGGCGUUCUGCAUGUAACGAACUUGCCUCCAAGUAUCACCCAAAACAUUCUUACAACCGAAUUUGGCAAGAUUUCACCGGUGUUGUUCUGUGAACUGACCAUCCAUGACGGUGUUGGAGCUGAGGCUUUCCUGGGGUUUGGAACCAAAGAUGCAGCUGUCAGCGCCAGAGCUCAAAUGAACAAUACCGAACUUGAAGUACCAGGUUUUGAUAAACGACCCGUUCACAUAGAAUAUGCGGAGACGCACACAUCCCUAAUUCGUAUCCGUACCCGCGGACACAUUCCGCGGGAGGAACUUACGCGAGUUUUCAGCCGAUACGGCACUAUCAAGAAUCAAUUGCAUGUGCUGGAUGACCUGCGAUCCGCGUUCAUACAGUAUGACACUGUCGAAAGUGCUCAAAGAGCCGUGGGAGGGAUGCGCGGCGAGACUGUUGGUGGCUUUCAGGAUGAGCUUGCAGUAGAUUACUACGAUUCGCGAGUGGAAGCUGCCAAUGCUGGGGGCUUUCAAGGAGCGGGUCUAUCAUCGGAGGGCGGACAGGAAGCUACGGCAGCUAAUGGCGAGAACUGGUACGAGCCUGGUGAGGACGAUGACGAUGGUGAGGUGAUCAUGGAGGGACACGUCAUUCCUGUCAUGAACCCCUCGGAAGGUCCAGCAGUUGGGAUGCCAUCUGAAGACGAGAAACCUGCAACGGUAGAUGCGCUCGAACACACUGCCCAUCAACCCGUUGGUGGCAUGGCCACGGAUAUGGACUACGAGCAGCAGCCCACACCAGUGGCCUCGCACGAAACUUCCGUCAGCAGCAACGUGCCGAGCCCCUCAACAUCACAGGCUCCUGCUUUCCCAGCACCACAGCCAAAUUUGCCAGAAAAUGGCAACGGACUUCCGAUACAAUCUCUCAACGAUUCUCAGGCUGCACUACAGGUACUGAACGGUUCUGAACCCACGGCAAUGGAAAUCACAUCGACGGAAUCCCUUCCACCACAUUAUUCUCCCUCCGCAUUUCCUCCCGCAUCACAUCAGAUCCGCAUUGCAUUGAAAACAAAGCAAGCCACAGUAGAUGUUCAUCUAUUGAGUGGCAAUCCUGCGCUUUUUUCUUCCCUCCCGGCACCACCAGAUUUCAUAAAGUUGACGCAGCGUUUCGUCAUUGCUUCCAGCACUAUUGAAGAAUGGGAACCUAUGCUCACUGCUGAUAAAGCGAGUCAGUGGUCGGUCGGAGUUGCUCUGGCUGCCCCUGGCGAAGAUUCCAGCCAUUUUAGCUGGAUUGUGGACUACUUUGCCUCAAAAGAGACUGGCGGGAUCGCAUAUAUGAAUGGCGCAAACGUGAAAAUUCUGCCUCCCAGUGCAAUUGCGAACGAACUUUUGGGGAAGUUUGCUGCGGAUGCGAGUAUCACCCAACAGGUGUCAGCCGCGGGCAAAUUUCUAUUGAUGGUAUUGAAAGACAAUGUUGAGCAGGACCAGAUGCAGUGACAAACAUGUAUAAACAGCCGUCCUAUUUUUGCGUAAUAAAUAAUGUACAUUUGAGUUUCAUCGAUGUGACAGA